AUGUCAAGAAGCCCGAUCAGGAUGCUAGCGAAGGGGAGCGCUCUGGCUGCAGCAUUGGAUGCUACCGAUGUUGCGCUGGCUGCCAGUGAUAGGAGUGGCCUGUUCUCGGUGAGUGUUGCAGGAGGCGCGAAGAAUAGCAAUGCUUACCGUGGCUACGGUGGACGCGACGGUGGCAAGCAUGACCAUCCCCACCUUGGAUUCAACGAACAAUCUGGCCGCUCUGGAGCGGGGAGGAAGGCAGAGACUACGUUCAAAAAGCGGUUGCCUGCCGGCGUGGUACAGAGCCCUUGA